CAUUAAUAUUAUAGACAUGUGUCGCAAAAUGAUACACAAAAUAUCUGUCAUUACAAAAAUGCUUACGAACAAUCUAGACAUUAAUGCAAAAUAUGCACGAAUAUUGCAUAUUGUGCGUAUAAAUAGAAAUAAUAGUUUCUUACAAGGGGGAUAGGAUUAUUUGACAGAAAUGAAGCAACAACACUUGUUUUUAUUGGGCAUCACUGCAGUAGGUGUCUGUGCUGUCUUGUUAUACUACCAUCACAGACGUAUGAAAUGUAAAGGAACACAAACAAAAAAUUCCAAUCGCCCAAGUUCUGGAUCUCGUAGACGAAAACGUCCAUCAAAUAAAUCUGUAGACAAGACAAGCAAGCACUUUAAGGACCAGUCAUCAGAUGAUUAUGAUAGUUCAGAAAAUGAUAGUUUAUAUUCUGAGGAUUCAGUGGAUGCUUUUAAACCAGUGAACAAUCAAAACGGAGAUGCUCAUGAUGAAAGUGAUCUAACCUAUGAUUCUAAUGAUGGCCUAGAUUUUGCAGGAAGAAGUGAUAGAGCAAACAUGCCUACAGGAUCAAAACACAAACGUAGACGCCAUCUUUCACCUGGCCCUUCACAUCAACAGCCAGAUUAUACAGAGAUUAUAGAUGGUCCAGAUGGGAGAAGGACCAUUGGAAUUCAGACCCAUGUCCCUUGUCAGAGGAACAGGUCCUCUAGUAGCACUAGAACUGACUACUCUGAUUAUGAUGGUAGUUUUACAAGUGAAGGAAGAGGUAUGGUAAUGUCUCCUCUAAGUCUCUGGAAUUCUAAUGAGCGGUCAGAUAGAGAAUCUCAUAGUGAUUGCCAUUCAAUAUCAUCAGCUGGUUAUGUUAAAAAUCUAAAUGAUUGUGAAAGGGAUAUGACACCUAGAUUAAGCACAAAUGCUAGUUUGUCUUCAGAAAGAAGUAAUCUUACACAAGGACUUACUGAGGUAUGGUCAUCAAGUUCUUCAGAGUUACGACCCCUAGCAAGUUUUCGAGAUGAUCUUUCAUAUACAUUUGAAACAGAAGCAAUGCAUCCUGGAACUUUACCAUUAGAUUAUGCAGAUGAUUCCAAAAGUCAUCAUUCCUCAGUAUAUAUAAGAUCACCUAGAGAAGGUGGACGGCUGAUUCCAAGACCAGACUGUAGUACACCAACCAACUCUGGAAGGGUAGUAAAUAUUUCUUUCCCAGAAUCUCAGCUGCAGCAAGCAGCUAAUCUUGACACUGAAACACCUGUAAAGUUUGAAGUGACUGUUCAUGAAAAUACUACCAAUAUUGAGUAUAAUGUUGAAAAGACUGAGUAUAAAACAUAUACACUAAGAAAUCAAAAUGAGCCAAAUAUUAUUCCAGAUAGGAUACUUAUAAAUAUGACUGAAAAUGUAAAUUCUCAAACUGAAGAAAAUCAAACCAUUCAACAUAGAGAAGAAAUUACAAUGCAUCAGCCAGAUAAUAUACAACCACAAGAAGAUAGUUUAGUUUUAGGUAAAUCUUACCGCACAUCCACUUCUUCAGAGAAAGAAACUGAAAUAGAGGAUGGUGCAGUGAAAAGAGAGGAAUCAAAAGAAAUUAAAAAAGAAACAACUGAAAACUCAUAUUAUCGCUUGCCUUCAAAAGUUGUGGCUAGUAAGAAAAAGAUGAAACUUCAAAAUUCAGAAAUAGAAAACACGAAUUAUCCAAGUACUUCUCUAGGGGAAGAUAUUGUGAGUGCCCCAGAAUAUUCAAAAGAAGGAACCAGUUUGAAUGAAUCUGAUUAUACAUCAGACUAUGGAACUAUAACUUCAGUAGAUGGCAGGUAUGGAUAUUUAACUUCAACAUCUGAUUCAGAGGGUAGUGAUUCUGCUCCUGUUUCACCAAGGCCUUCAGAGACAAAGUCAGCUUCUUAUAGUCAGGGCAAACCUCAGCAUUUAUCUCUACAAAAUGAGGUGACAGAAACAGAUCCGAGUGCUAUGAUUAUUCCAGAUAUGAGCCAGAAUUUGUGUACAUCCUCUGUUCAAAGUCCUACAUUAAAUAUUGCUGGAACACAGGUUGUUCAAUGUGGUUCUGCUGAAAAUCAGCCAGAAGAUGGAGAUGCUAUUGACAAUAAAUUAGAUAACUCUGACUUUUUACAUGAAGAUGGACCAGUUACUGAUCUAGGUUAUGAAAGUAUGAGACCAGAAAGUUCAGAUGAACACAAAGAAGAUCAAAACGAAGAUUAUACCAUGGAAACCGAUAGUGGUAGUAUGGAAACGGUGAGGCCAGCAAGAGCUUGUGAAAAUGACAAUUUAACUUCUCAAGAAACAUUAGCAAAUCUCACAGGCAGCAAUGAAAAUGUUGAAAAAGAUAACUCAGAAAGAUCUGAACGUCUUGAUGCUGAAGUUCCAAAACUAAAUUUAUCACAGUCCUCAGUGAGUUCUCCACAAAGGCAACAUAGGCUAUCUAUUAGUUCAGCAGAUGAACCAUUUCUAUCUCUAGAACAAUCCGAAAGCAAUACUUCUACUUGUUCCUCGGAUUACAAAACUCCUAUGCAAUCUCCAAGAGAAAACGUUGGAAUAGAAUUAAAUAGUGAAAUAGUACCUGCAGAAGUUGAUGAUGUAAUAAUUCCAGACUAUUAUGAUGAAAAGCAAUCUACUCCAAGGCAAAGCCCACAUGACUUUUCUCUGGAUCAAGCUCCAAUUUUAACAUCGUCUCCAAAACAAUCAAAUGAUGUAAGGACUGCUUCUGUAAACACAGAAUCAGUGCCAACUGCAUUACAAUCUACUUCUCCUGCAAUCUCAACAAUAAGACUUCUUGCAGACUCAAAGGAUCCUGUUCAUACAGAAGCUUUGAGAAAAAAUAUAGAACAGAAAAUUGCUAAAUUGACACGUCAUGUUAGAAGCUUAAGUGACUCUGCCAUAAGUUCAGAUUUCACUGAUGGGGAUUCUUCCUCAAUGUCCCCACGUGGUAGUCGUGUGUAUGAUGACAAAUCAUUCCUGGGAGAGAAAAAGCUUCUACAAGCACUCCGACUUACACAGUCGCCUAUAAGAGUUAGAGGAACUCUGAAUUUUGAGGGAUCACAUCCAACAAAGGUACCAUUUAAGGACUCAGGGAAUGUGUUUGAUGAUGACAGCCCUGCUCAAGUUGAGAGACCUAAAAACCACAGAGCAUUUGAUACCAGUCCUUCUCGGGAACAUUUUCUCCCUUUGGCUACACCUGUUGGUACAUUUCCCGAAAGGCUAAUUCAUUCUUUGCUUGCCAUAAGACCUCAGCAUUUACAUAGAUCUCAUUCUCUGGACAGCUUGUCAUCAAUUAUUAAUCUUAAACCACAUUUAGCAAGAGCUGUUCGGCAAGUUCAAUCCAUUGAAAAUAUCCCUGGAGCAAUAUCACCAUCUGACAACACUGUCAGUGAUAGUAAUUGGAAAGGUAAUAAUGCUUUGAUGUCCACAGAUGGUGCUAGAUCACUGUCACCUGGCGAAAUUGAUAUUGAUCAGGAUAUGUUGGAUGAUAUUAACGACAUUGAAAAUAUGAUUCAAGUUGAUGCUAGUCAGAAUAGAAAAAUAUGUGAGAAGUCUACUUCUAUGUCAAUUUUAGAAGAUAAUGCUCCACAAAGAGAAUAUCAUCGAUCUCUUUCAGAAGGGAAUAUAGAUGACUUUGAGGAUGAAAUGGAUAAUUCUAAUACAUCAAAUGAUAGUAUUACAUUUGUUUUUAUCAAAGAUGACCGUGCCAAGCCAGGUGAUUCUGAAAAAGGUAAAAGCGAACAGACAGAGAAUACCAGUGUGUCCGAUCCUUUUGGAAGUCGUGAACUCUGUGAUUCAGAAAAUGAGCUUUUUGAUAGUAUACAGUUGUCAAAUCAUGGUGAACAUUCUAAUGAAUUAGCAAAUAUUAGUGGUAGAGGGCCUAUAGAUUCAAAAAGUGAGGAUAGAAUAUCUGAUGUACUCAGUAUUAGUGGGUCUGAAGAUUCUGUAAUUGAGUAUAAUCAGAGCAUGGGAGAUGCUGAAGAAGACAGGAUAUCAACCCAUUCUGCCAGUGAAGAAAUAGAAGAAAUAAUAGACAGUGUUGAAAACCAAGAACAGAUGCAUGGAAGAAGAGAAAUGGACAUUGUUUUUCAGAAUGAUUCCCCACCUACAUAUACUGAUACAUCUGAAAGUUUUGUUCAAAGCAGAGGAAAGUAUUAUGAAGAAGAUUCAGAGCCGCUGAGGCAUAAAUUUGGCAUUGAUGAAUCUGUGUUACCUAUUCCAGAACGGUCAAUGUCUGCUGACAAUAUUCCAAAACAUUUAAAGCCACAGAAUGAUUUAAUGAGGUCAAGAUCAACAGGAAUGCUUGAUGUUGGCGUAAUUGAUGAACCGGAAUCAGAAAGUGGAAUUUUCCCACCUGCAUUAAGAACUGAUACUGAUCAAACAGAACCUUCUAUUUCGCUUCAUACCAUGUCAGAAGGGGGACUUGAUCACACUUCCCAAAGAACUUUUUCAGAUAUAGAUGCUUCACUUUCAAAUAGGACAUCAGGUGAUGUGGACUCUGAGAAUUGUAAUAGUGGUGAGAAUUCUUCAGCAAUAGUAAGAUCAAUUUGUAGUAAAUCCUCCUCGGUAUCAAGUUUGGAAGAAGAAUUUAUCAUAGACUAUAAAACUAACUGGGGUAAGCAUAAACAUAAGCAUGGGCAAGAAACAAAUCACUCUGGUGAUUCUGAAGAUGAUGAUAGGGUUAUUGAUGAAGAGCAACAAAUAAGAAGGGUAUUAGAAACUGUUCAAAGACUUAUUUGUCCUAAGCCACGUUCAGUUGAUAGAGGCAUGACUACUGAAAAUGAGAAAGAUCUAAACAGUGUUUCCAUUGGUGUUCAGACCAAUAAUUCAGAAACAAGCCCUGAGGCUACUAGUAAUUUGCCAACUUUAGUUAAUGCUGACCAGAUAAUACUGCCUGCUCUUGCAGCUCCAUUUAGAGCACAAUCAAUGGACAGUUUUGGAUUAGGUGCUACUGGCCAAGGACUUGAAUUAUCUGAAGAGUCAAGAAAUUGGUGUACUCUUGGUGAACUUAUGGUUGAAACAACACAUUUACUGAGAAGAAUAAAUGACAGAUUACCAGAACAAACUAGAAAAGGAUCUAUCAGCUCUUCAGAAGAUAGUCAAGUCAGUCAAGUUAUUUUAAAGAAAUGGCAAGAAAUCAGCAUCCAGACUGGUCGCUCAUUGGAAGAUCUAACCACUGUAGGCUCACAAACUGAUGGAGAUUAUAUGUUAGUUGAAAAGGAAGGUAAGACUAAUCGAACAGAUUCUACUCGUGAUAAACAAAGUCUGAAACAUUUAGACAUGGCAGAUACAAUAACACAUGAUAUAUUACAAGUACCUUCUGAGUCAUGCCUUUGUGAGAUGUCUGUUCAAACUGAUGAGAGUUUUGAUGAGUUUUCAGUCAUUGAAACAAGGGUCAGUACUGAUCUUACAGAUGCCAUUCAUAAUGCCAAUAUGCCAUCACAACACGAUAUAGACACAUCUUUUGAUGAAAUAUUUACCAAUGAGACUAACAGUAAUACAGAGCAAAUAUGUGCCCAGGCUGCGCUUGUUUCGUUUUCACCGAAGGAGCAACAGCAGAAUAAUGAAUCAUUUGAAAAGAAAGAUGCUAAGCAGUUGCAUAAAGCUAAAUAUAUCCCACAGUUAAAAGCUGAACUGGGGCUUGAUCAAGUAAAGAGUGAUGAAGAAUCUCCAGUGAUGAAAACUGAAUCUCCUAGAAGACAAGAAGUUGUUAAGUCACCAAACAAAAUGUUACCAGGAUUUACUUUACCUGAUACACCUGAAAUAGUUGAAUUGCGAAAGGAACAUGCUAAACUAAUGGAAAAUUUAAGGAAGGCAUCAGAUGAAAGAAGAAAUAGAAAAGAAAAACUUCAAGCACGAAAAAUGCCAUUAGAUGCAGAUGAAAUUUCAAAACAAAUCUCUUCAUCAGAGGCUAAAGACAAAAACAAAGCAGAUUCAAGGAACAGUUCUCAAAUUAAAAGUGACUCUAAAAUCUUUAAAUUUAACAAGAAUGACCCUGAAACAGAAACUUCAUCUUCUAAUUCUAGUAUGGUUGAAAACAACGUUAUAUCUGAUGAUGAAGAUAGGGAAAACAAAUACGAGGAAAAUGAAGUGAAAGAUGUUGUAAGAUCAGAUGGGGAAGACAAAGUUACUUCUAAAGAAUUUAUAGAGGAUAUAGUAAGAUCUGAUGGUGAUGAUCAAGAAUGUGUAGAUAAUGUGAGAUCAGAUAUUGAUGAUAAAGAGUCUUUGGAAAAUGUUAGAUCAGAUGAUGAAGAUGCAAAACAAAUAAGUGAAAUUGAUGCAAGUUUGGAAUCACUGAGUCCAAUGAGCACUCAGGAAUUUGUACAGAUAAAUAUCCAGGUAGAUCCAAGUUCAGGGGUGACUGUAAAGAACAAAACAGUCAGGGAACCCAGUCCAAAAAGGAAGGCUUUGACUCAUGAGACAGAUAAAAAGGGAAACAUUAAAGAAGAACAUAAGUGGGAAAUUGCUGGAGAUGAGUUUAGAACAGUUUGGGAAAGAAGAACUGAAUCAAGAUCUAGAUCAGAAAGUAAUGCAUCGGAGGAUACUGUAGGUAAUACUUUCAUUAUUGAAGAAUUUCCAGCUGAUCCUGCAGUUGUUGAAGCUAUGAAAUUAGAUGAGCUCUAUCCUAUGAACAAGAGUGAUGAAAACUUAAGUCGUGAAAUAAUUGAGGAUGUCCUUGAAAAUAAUCCUACCUCAAGUAAAAAGGACAUGACAAGUGAUAUGAUUCCAGGCACAAAAGAAUUAAAUAAAGAGGUUUCAGAUAGUGAUGGUAGAGAUUCACCAGCAUCUAUUAUUGAAGAUAUUGUUCAGCCAGAGUCUUGCAAGAGAGAGCAGCAUGUACCAAAUUUUAUUGAACAAAUGACACAAAACAAGAAAAAUGAUGGAAAUUUAGAGACACAACACACAGCAUCUCAAGAACCAAGUCUGUUGGAAGAAACAAUUAUUCCACAGGUGUACAAACGAGACCACAGUCUUCCACCAUCAUUUAGAUCUAGAUUUGGUGAAUCUUCACCAAAAUUAGUACAGGAGUCUGAGCCUGAAGAAGAUUCAAGAAAACAUGGUAAAAAGGUUCCACAGCAGAUAUUUAAAAGUGAGACAAGUCCAAAGUACAGAGCUCAGAUCCUCAGAGAUCAGCAAAGACAGGGAACUAGCCCUGACUUUAUGGAGUCUACUACAAUACUUCCAGAAAGUAUGUUUCCACAUCAGCAUUCUACUAAUACACUACCUCAAGAGACUAAGGGACCAAAGGAAAAUGAAAUUCCUUUGGUGAAUAAUGUUAACAAAGCUGUAUCAAAACCACCUAGGUUUGCUGAUGAUUCCACUCAAAUGAGUCUUGCAUUUUCUGAUGACUGUACACAAACAGACCCAGAUAUACUGCCUGAAAACACUCAAUCUCUAGAUUAUGUUGAUCAAAUAAGUCCUAAAUAUGAAAAUGCUACCCAUACCCAAACAAGAGUUAAAGGUCAAAAACCAGGUAAUGUUAAAGCAAAAACUCAGGAAGCAAAGACAUCUGAAGAAUUCAGGGAAGAAUUGGAAAGUUUACAGCAUGAGAGACAACAUAUAAUGGAUCUCCUUGGUUUAUCCUACUUACCAAACAGUCUAACAGUAGAGCUUCUUGAAGCUAAAUUGAACUAUUGUAUUGGACAGACAGAUCUUCUCUUAGAUAGUCUUGAAGACACUACUGAAGCUGAACAUUUUACACCAAAAGUUUUGACAGACCAAAGGCAUACAAAAGAUUUUAUAUCAAAAUACAGAGCAGAUUUGAAAAAGUCAAAAAAUGAUAUCAAGGAAUGCAGAGAACAGCUAAAUAAAGGAAGAGGCAGAGGAAGACCAGCUGUUAGGGGCAGACCACGCUUUAGAAGGGGUGAUAUCAUAAAUCAACAGAGACAAGCAGAAAUAGAUGCAUUUAAGUUAGAAAGAUUGAGAGAGCAACAGGAUUAUUCAAGGGCAUCCAGACAUGGCACACCAUUGAAAGGUAACACCCCACUUAGAGGGAAUACUCCUCUCCAUGGAAACAGUCCUGUGGUAACACCAAGAUCUGAACAUUCCAGAAGUGCUAGUCCAAGCUAUUCUCCAGGUUACAUGAAUCCACGUGAACACAAAGCUCAUUUGGUGGAUUUGAGGCGACAGCUGAUAAAGGAUGUAGUUGAGGAGGAGAUACGGCACAGUCGGUCUUGUUCUCCCUCAUUUCAUACCAGUCCACCACCACUUCACUUUCAUACCAGCCCACCACCAUUACAUAAACAAAGGAAUGCAAGCGAACAUUCUCUUGGUUUUUCUCCAAAGGUGUCAGUAUCUUUAUCAGAUAUUCCAGGUAGCCCAUUAUCAUCACCUCCAUCAUCAGGUGGUAGUAAAACAUACAUAGUGGCUCCAGGAUCAACUUCGCUCAGCCCGGUAAGAAAGCAACCUUCAUAUGAAUCUGUAAACCCAUAUGGAAGCUACCAGAGUUCUCCUGACAGGGCUUAUCAGAGGAGACGUACCUCACCUUUGUCCUUAGAUCUAGAGACGACUGCUGAAAGCAUCUUUUCUCCUCAAGAAUCAGAGCAGAUACUCAAGGAGAUUGAAGAGCUGAAAAAACGUGCCCAAAUAUCUGCACCAAUUGAAGAGAUGCUUAGAAGAUCUUCAUAUUCUUCCUCAAGUAGUCAGAGGACUUUGUUGCGAUAUAUGACAUUAUUCAGUUCAACUUUUAGAAAGAGGAGCAGUUCAUCCAGACCAGAUGUUCCAGGGAUAUCUCCAAGGUCACAUUCUGACCCUAGGUUACCACGGAGAACCAGUCCUUCACCUGUUUCUAGGCAAUUUGACAAUCCUCUAUCUUUAAACCUGGACUGUCUGCAGGAUGAUGAGACUGGACCGUACAGUCCGUACUCCGCGUAUGCCCGUGAACAUAUAAUUCCUAAUCAACGAUCGCCACCAGGGGGCUUAUUACGAGGAACCUAUGAACUGUAUCAUGAUAGGUCAGACACGUCUUCUGUGUUGUCAUAUGACUCAGACACUUUCGUUGAUCAUGGUCAUACGCCGAGACAUAAUACACUAGACGAGGAUACGAUUAAAAGACUUCGGCCGAUACGGGCAGAAGAUAUCAAAGCAAGGAUUAAUCGUCAUAAACGAUGACAGAGUUUAAAAGUGCUUAAUGGGAUCAUAACUUAAUAUUGUGUUCAUUAUAUAUACAAAAAAGGUUCAUAUAUGGCUGCUGUGUGGUGUUUUAUUGACGUCUGGGUGAUUAUGUCAGUUUUGAAUUUACUGAUAAAGAUGUUGAUAAACAAAUAUGUUUACAUAGACAACAAGGCUGAAAGUUUCAGCAUGACCAAAAUGACAGAGAAAAAAUCACCAAAAAGAAAAGAAAAAAUAAUGACAGUAAAUAUCCAUGAUUUACCCAUAAAAAAAAUCAUGUAAACCGACAGAUUAUGUACAUGUACAUGAAGGAUUCCAAUUGUCAUAAAUCAUGUAAAGUUACAUUAGUUGUAUUAUGACACAAAUAGACUUGACAAAAGGUGUUAUCCAUGCACCUUAAGUAGAUUAACUAUAGGUAAUAGAUGACCUGGAAACUAAUUAUUUCGUCCUGAGAUCGUGAUGACUAAUCUGAAUUAUUCAGCAGAGGUAAACUAUUGUCGUCUGCAAAUAAUGACUGUGAUAAUUGUUGGUGCCAAAUUAUAUAAAACAUUGUGAUAUUAGAUAUAGAUUUUAGUUUUUAGAUGAUAUAUUGCACUAGAUGACCUUGGGUUUUGCCAGUGGAUGACCUUAUUUCGUUAUUUAAGGAGACUCAAGUACGUGAUGACCUAAUUCAUCAGACGCUCGGCCUCGUUCUGCAGAGUGGAGAGAUGGCUGCAGAAAUCUCAUGUCUCGACAAGGUUCUACAACAUUCUGCCAUUGACAUCUGUGAUAUGAUUGGUUAUUCCUGAUGACAUCAUUUGAAAAAGGACCAAUAGCAGACUUUCUUUCUUAGUCCAAGUCUAUAACACUUAAUGUGAUUUAAAUUGUAAUGUAUUUUGAAAUUGACCAAUAGAGGUUUUUCCUUCGGGUCGUCACAAAUUUUUUUAGUCUAUCGAAAGGGACUUCCCUGUAAUUUUCAAUUUUUUUUUAUCCGCAAGUUAAAAAUCAUGUAUUAAUCAGAUUCCUUUAUGUACUUUAUUUGCAACUUUACUAAACAUAAACAGAAUGAGUUUUGUUCAGGAAUUAUUGUGAGUAAAUUAAUAUAACAUUCAGUAUUCAAUAACAAAAUAUGCAAUAUUAUACUUCAUGAAAUUGCUGCACAAUUCUUUGUGAAGUGUUAAAAAAAAUAGUAGUUUAUGCAGGGGUUGUAUUUUUGCAAAUAUUUAAACAGUAUUUAAGUUAUUGUUGUUACAUUUAGAAGACUUUGUGUUGAUUAUCUUAUCUGACACAAUAUUUAGUUGUCUUAUUACUACUGUUAGCUGGUUUUCUAUACUUCUUUGUUUUUGUUUUUUUGUUAAAGACACUACCAAGUCCCAUUUUGUUUGUUUGUGUCAUGGCUUAUAUUUUAUUUUAUUUAUUGCAUGCAUUGAAGUCAUAUAUGCUCACAGGAGUAAUCUCCCUUCAUAGUUCAAAAAAUGUAUAGGGAUCUUUUUUUUAAGAUUUGUUUAUUUUGUUAUUCCGUCCAUUAUUCACUAAAUUAUGUUGACUUUCUGCAAAAUGGUUUCAUCUCUUUUCUUGUAUUAUUUGAGUUACAACCAUUUUGUACCAAGUCAUAAGGAUGAUACAAGCUUCAGGUGCAGUUAUUCCUAAUUUUCAGGAGUUUUAUUAUUAUUAUUUUACCAUAAAUCCAGUCAUUGACAUGCAUUUUUUGUGUUUAUAAUUCUAUUUUCCAGUGAAUUCCAUAGUAUAAUAAAAUAUUCUGUAUGAUAUAUUUAUGUAAUGAAAUCUGAAUAAAUUAGUACAAAAUUAGUACAUAAAGAAUAUUAGGCAUUAUGACUGUGUAUAAUCAAAUACUGAAUAAAUUUUGUGUGUAAUAAAUUAUACAUAUAUAUGUGUAUAUAAUGUUCCUCACAGAAUUAUUAUAUAAAACCUAUCAAGUGUUAGUUAUUUUGAGUUUUGUUUGCUCAUCCAUUUUUAAUGUGAGUGUAAUACAAAAAUAGCUGUUAUACUUUUAAAGUCCAAGUACAUGUACCAUGAUUCUUGGGCAGCCAUUUUAUAUUUAUUUAUUUAUUUUUGUUAACACUGCUUUGACAAUUUAUAUAACGCAUGUAAAUUAAUUUGUAAAUAUUAUUUGGGAUGUAUUUUUGAUGAAUUGCUAAUAUUGUUUUUGAAUUUGUUAAGGAAGCUUAACUUGAUAUUUUGUUGCACGAUUUCAUUUUCUUACGAUUUUUUUUAGCAUGCUAAUUAAGUUCUGUUAUGUGUUUUAUUUAAAAUUGAUGAUAUUUUAUAUAAUUUAUGUAUUAAUUUUAUAAUAAAAUCUUAAAAGAUGUU